AUGAGUGACCAAGAAGAGCAUCUCCUGGCUGCUACUAGCGCCGGAGCUACGAGAAGAAGGGAUGAUGACGAAUCGGACUCUCCCGAAGUAAGCUUGUUGAAGAGACGACUUCGUUAUGCCAACCAAAAUAUUGAGUUUUUGCAAGAUUCUCACAAGCAAACGAUUUCUGAGCUUCACAGCGAAGUUGAGCGCUUGAAAAUGCUCAAUAAAGAGCAGCAGUGGAGAUUAGUCCUUGCAGGACACUAUAAAUCGCUGCCAGACAUUGAUGUCGUCAGACAAUUCGAGAAUUUAUCAGUUCAAACUACCGAAGUACCACCACAGCAGGAUCCAGAGAGUAUCAUGAAGAUGAAACGAUUAGAAGAAACGAACGCCGAUUUGAAGACUGAAGUAGAAUUCCUCCGCCGCGCCAACGAACGAUUCAAAUCCGAGCUUCUACGCAGCUCAAAAACGAUGGAGCCAACAAAAAGGCCGGCGAAAUUAAUUAGAUCGCCGAGAUCCGCUAAUAGUGCCGGAUCGAUCGGCAGUAGAACUCGUUUUGGGGUUGGAAAGGCCUCCUCUUCUUCAGUCAAUCAAUUGCAGUCUGGUUUCGGAAAGGAACUGCGACUAGACCCCAGUGUCGAAAACAAAACCAUUCAUCUCCCAGCUCUGAAAGGUGUCAACCACUCAAUUAAACAUCAGAGGCGCUUGGAUGUCAUUAACGAUCGUCACUUCAACUAG